GUUUUCCUAUUACAAAAGGAAAAGAAAACACAAGCUAUGUGGAAAAGUACUGACGAGGUUUGAGGUUAAGCCUUAGAACCCUAACAGAGCCAAUUAUCGUACGAAGGUCAUGGAAAUGCAAAACGAUUUCGAUAGGCUUCUAUUCUUCGAGCACGCUCGAAAGACUGCUGAAACCACCUAUGCUAAAGAUCCUCUGGAUGCUGAGAACUUGACGAGAUGGGGAGGUGCAUUGUUGGAAUUAUCACAGUUCCAGUCCGUCACCGAAUCAAAGAAGAUGAUUUCUGAUGCUAUCUCAAAGUUAGAGGAGGCUUUGGAGGUUAAUCCACAGAAGCAUGAUGCGAUUUGGUGUUUGGGGAAUGCCCAUACAUCCCAGGCAUUUCUAACUCCUGAUGAAGACGAGGCUAAGGUUUACUUCGACAAAGCGGCUCAGUACUUCCAACAAGCUGUUGAUGCAGAUCCAGAGAAUGAGCUUUAUCGGAAAUCAUAUGAAGUUUCUUCUAAGGCUCCAGAGUUGCAUGCCGAGAUUCACAAACAAGGUGCCAUGCAACAAGCCAUGGGUCAAGCUAUGGGACCAGGACCUUCUACAUCAACGAGUACAAAGGGUUCGAAGAAGAAGAAGAGCAGUGAUCUGAAGUAUGACAUUUUGGGAUGGGUAAUACUUGCUGUUGGACUUGUUGCGUGGGUUGGUUUUGGGAAAUCUAAUGCUCCUCCUCCUCCAAGAUAAGGCCACAAUACAGUCUUACAGGCUAUAUACAUGGAGUUUUUCCUUGCAUAAACAGGGCUUUGGCGAUUCAUGCUUGCCAUAUAGCUAGGAUUUUGUGUAAUAGAUUUUGAAUAACAGUGUCUCUGUAGUUCUUGAUUCUCUUCAUAUAAGUCGAAUAUGAAUAAGUGUCUUUUGUCCUUUCAUUCAUAUUAGCUGCAUACCAUUUUGCGGCCCCA